AUGGGUAUCAUCGAGAAGAUUCAAGAGAUCGAGCGGGAGAUCAGCAGGACGCAAAAAAAUAAGGCGACCGAAUAUCAUCUUGGUCUGCUGAAGGCUAAGCUAGCGAAAUGUCGCCAAGAACUGUUGCAACCGCAGUCGAAAAGCAAGGAAAAGGGCGAAGGCUUCGAUGUGAUGCGCAGCGGCGAUGCCAGGGUGGCGCUCAUCGGCUUUCCGUCGGUCGGCAAGUCCACUCUUCUCAGUUUGCUGACCACUACGGCUAGCGAAACGGCUUCCUACGAGUUCACCACUCUCACCUGCAUUCCCGGCGUUAUUCAGUACAAAGGCGCUAAUAUCCAGUUGUUGGAUUUGCCAGGUAUUAUCGAGGGUGCCGCACAGGGUAAAGGUCGUGGAAGGCAGGUGAUUGCCGUAGCACGAACGUCUGAUAUGAUUCUGAUGAUGCUCGACGCGCUGAAGGGCGAUAUCCAGAAGCACUUGUUGGAGAGGGAACUGGAGUCGGUUGGCAUUCGGCUGAACAAAAGGCCCCCUCAAAUUUACUACAAGCAGAAGAGCACCGGUGGCAUCCACAUCACUCAUACGGUGCCGCUGACGCGCUGUGACGUGAAGAUGGUUCAGAUGGUGUUGCACGAGUACAAGAUAUUCAACGCGGAGGUUGUGUUUCGUGAGGACUGCACGGUCGAGGACUUGAUCGACGUGAUCAUAGGUAAUCGCGUGUACAUGCCGUGCCUGUACGUGUACAAUAAGAUCGACCAGACGACGAUCGAGGAGGUGGACAGGUUGGCUCGCCAGCAGCACUCAGCCGUGGUCAGCUGCAACAUGAACUUGAACUUGGAUUACCUGCUGGAGCGGUUGUGGGACGAGUUGGCACUGCUGCGCAUUUUCACCAAGAAGCCCGGUCAGCCACCAGAUCUGGCCAUGGAAACAGCGAUCAUCCUGCGUAGCGGCGCGACCGUUGAACACGCAUGCCACGCGAUUCAUCGCACUUUAGCCGCCCAGUUCAAAUACGCUAUCGUGUGGGGGACCAGCACGAAAUUUUCUCCGCAACGCGUCGGUCUUCAUCACAUGCUUAAUGACGAGGAUGUGAUUCAAGUUGUCAAGAAGUAA